GAGUUACUUACUAUAAACUUUAACUUUUUUGGAAGAUACUACCGACACACCAAACUCCAACCCACCUUCUGUUCAACAGAAUAGCUGCUGAACAUCAAGAGAAUUUGAAUUGCUUCAAGAAGUACAACUAAGACUAACUAGCGUGCCCUUCUUUAUUCUUGUGUUAUCCUGAGUAAAAACGUACCCACACCAGAGUCAGGAUGGGGAUUUUGCAACACAAACCUAGGAGUUUUGUGAGUCACGCACGACAAGUUGCGCUCUGCAGUGUAGUGCAGGUUAGCAAGUGCAGCCGCGUCACAGAUUCAUCUGCUCAUCCUUUUCACAGCAUCACAAAUUCCAAAACACGAUUGAAAAUGGCUCUCAUGCGGAUGCGCAUUACAAGUCUUCCUGUCUUUGCAAAUCUGCAUUACAACUCUGGUAUGGGUACGUUUUUCCUCAGGAUAUGUGUGCGCUCAUACUUACGUGAAGAUCAGUAGACUUUCACCAGGAAAAAUACAGAAGAAGAAUUUCCACCUCCAGGAAUAAUAAUUAUUAAAGUAGGACUGGAAAACUGCACGGAGUCUAGUACAACUUGGGCUCCUUACAACUUAGUUUACUUCACUACGGUCAUGCCCAUUAUGUUGCGGAGCAAGACUAGCGCCGCUGCGCUGAUGGCAGCCGCAGCGAGUUUAUCAAAUGCAAAAAUGUCUGGGUCUGGAACUACACAGCAACUUGUCAUGCUCAAUCUGAAUCAUGUAAAAAUCUGUGUUGCAUGAUUACCAAAAGCUGUUCACUUUUGAGCUAAUCGAGAGGCAGUUUCUCGUGCAGGAUAGGCAUGAUAGAACACUCACAGAAUCUGUCAUGCUAUGUCGUACAUACCAGAUACGACCUCGUGGGUCAUGGAAAACCUGCAUGACAAGUCUGGCACUCAUCUUCCAGACCCAGACACUUUGGCAGUUGAUAGAGUUUUCCCACCUGCGCGGUUGUGCCAGUGGAGGCCGUCAUGAUGCCGAUUCCUUCUCGUACUUCUACACCACAACCCGACACUAUGGAGAGAAAAAAAGUUGUCACAGUCACUAACUUCUUGCAGGUUUUGCAUUACAAUUUUUUUUAGCAUGAUCACAACUUUUCCUUGUAUUGCAGAAGCACUAGGGAUGAAACAAAUCCCUUACGGAGCGUGGUUGUGAUGCAUUUUCACGCAUGACAGAGGAUUUUGCAUUGCAAAAAUGCGCAUGGGUGAUCGUGGCGAAGAACUUUUUUUGUUUGAUAGACAAGGCGGGGCCGCCGUACAAGGACGAAGCCGCGGUCACGACCGACGUUCCUGAUAUCAAGUGUAAAAAUCCCUGGAUGUCUGGAAGAAUGCAACUUGUCAUGCUAAAUCUGAAGCAUGCAAAAAUCUGUGUUGCAUGAUUACCAAAAGUCGUCCAGUUUUGACCAAGUCGGGAGGGAGUUUCUCAUGCAGGAUAGGCAUGAGAGAGAUCGGACAGAAUCUGUCACGCUAGGUCCUGCAUUCCAGACCCCGUGGCUCAUGGAAAAGCUGCAUGACAAAUCGCGCAUUCUUCCAGACCCAGACAUUUUCACACUUGAUACCUGAUGCCGUAUUACAAAUUGCUGAUGCUGCGGUCACGACCUCCGACGUUAUUACCGAAGCCAAGGAAGCCAUGGAGCGAGCCAACACGACCAAGGGCCUCGCAAUGGACAGCGCAGCCAAAGCCAAAGGACACGCAGAGGAAGCCAUUAAAUUUGCCAACAAGGACGAUCCGGAGCGCUACGACUUGACGAAAGCACAAGACAAACUACAAACCGCCAUCGGUGAGGCCAAGGCCGCCGCGGCUCACAUCGAAGGGCUUCGCGCUGAAGUUGAAGCAGCCCAGACCCAGGCCGCCGCGGCUCACAUCGAAGGGCUUCACGCUGAAGUUGAAGCAGCCCAGACCCAGAUCCAGACCCAGACGUAGUUCUCUUUUAUUUUCUUCUUUCAAAAGUUGAACUUUUGAACGACUUGAACUUUUAAAGUUCAAGUCGUUCUCUUCCCUGUGCUGUACUAUGGUCUUGUUUCCAGACAAAACACCAGACACUUUUACAUUUGAUAAGGUUUGUCAUCCGACAGGCAGAGGACGGACCCAAAGUGGUUCGCUUUGGUUUCGUUCUCCGUUCAUAUGCAAAAAUAAAAAGAGGCACAAGGAGCCGCAGCCGCCGCGAGCGAAUCAUCCGAAAUGAAAAAACGUCAGGUUGUACCUCAUAUCAAAUGCAAAAGUGUCUGGGUCUGGAAGAUUGCGAGACUUGUCAUGCUUGUCUGGCAAGACCAAAAAGUUUGUGAUGCGUGUCCAAGAAGAGACCCUUUUGCCUGUCAUGCAAAAACGCAGUUUGUCAUGCGAAAAACGCAACACAAAAAAGCGCGGACAUUUCUCAUGCUUGCCUGUGCAUUACAAAGCAUUCACUAUUCCCAACGCAGCAUUACAAGUUUCCAGACCCAGACAUUUUUGCAGUUGAUACCUCCGCGACGCCGAAGACGCGGUCCGCACGGCGGACGCGCUCAUCCUCUCUAUGAAUUGCAAGAGUAACGUACUAGUAUAAAUUGCAAUACAAAUUGCCUCAGCAUUACAAAUUGAAUUUGUAAUGCGGAUUUGCCUUGGGAACUAGAUUUGUAAUGCAUAAAUGCAAUUAGUACGAGUACGAUACUUUUGCACAGGAUACUCUCCGCGAAGGAACAAGGGGUUCCGCUUCCGCAGGAACCGAAAUCGCCAGAGGUAGUAUGCACUUGGAAAGAGAAAGGCCCCGCACUACCCGCGCUAGUCGUCUCUCAUAGCGCAGCCCGCAUGUUAGUGAUAGUCAGACGAUGGAUGCGCAUCAAGGGCUCCCGGAAAUUUAUGCUAUGGCGCUUCAGGAGAGGCAUGCCCGAGGUGCCGGUGGCCGGAAACGGAGGCAGUUUUUUUGCAUAAAUGCAGGUCUGGAGACAAUAAAGUUCCUCGUAGUUGUAUAGGAACACUUUAGAGGGCCGUGGCGCGGGUAGUUCUCAGGCGACCUAUUUGUGCAUUGGGAUAUCUGUCUGGGUGGAGCAAAGUUGA